UUAGGUUUUUUAAAUAGGGUUAUAAGAGGUAUUAUUAAUAUCUUAAAUAUAUUAAAAGUAUUAUAUAGAUAUAUAAGAGGGUUUAAGAGCUAG